AUGAACUCUUCUAGCCCAACGACAUCGAUCGGAUCCCCUGCUACGCUGGGGAAUGACCCUCCGCUCAGGUAUACGCCAUCACCUACAACGCCUGAGGCAAGGCUACUUAGCAGGAUGGAGAGGAUGGAGCUCGGACUCAGCGACAUCCGCACGGCGCUUGGCACGCUCAAGUCGACCUGCGCAACCCUCGAGAUGCAGGCGGAUAAGCUCGGUUCUGAGAUCGCGGAGCUCAAAGGCCUUGUUACUCCUCAUUCGUCGUUGCUGAAUCAGUCAGUCACCGCGAUACAGGUAUCUGGUCCGCUCAAAGCAUCUCCGGACAGCGACGACUCGGGUUCCUCUACCCGUGGUCUCAUUACGCCUCGUCUCACGACAGCCCAAGUGUCUCCGGGAGAAGGGAGGCCUUCUCACGGAGGAUCACAUCCCCUCCACGGCAUUCUGGGAAAGCGACGCUUCUCGGACUCUGAGGAUAGCCAAAGUUCAAGCACUGAUGGAGGGAAUGAACUAAGUCCCAAGCGGACCGGUCAUAAGCGAGUCCGCUUUGCAGACGCUGAGAUACUACAACCUCCUCCAGUUUUUUACAUCCAGACACCCGAAAGCUACCGUUCGGACACACACGACGAAACUCUGACCGAGCCUAUUGGAACGCUCGGACCUCCAGUGCUUAUCAUUCCUUCGCAUCCACCUCCUGAGGAACCCACAGAGGCCCAGACCGCGAAGACGGAGGCCACUCCUCCAGAAAGCACCCUGUCUUCGGCUGAGAGCUCUUGCCAGCAUGAACUUUCUCGCCGUAUGAGGAGGAAGACCAGAUGGGAUCCUCUGACAGGCAAGCGAAUCCCCAUUCCAGCAUCGCAAGCACCUGUUGAAAAAGUAGAAUCAGACAAAGACUACGAGCAUCAUCUUAGUGAGAGCAUGUCCAAUACUUCGUUAGCAUGA